AUGACCGCGUUAAGGCGCAAAGCCCCUGACUUCCAAGUCGAAGAACGAAAUGCAGGAGAACAAUGCGAGCGAGCUGCGGCUGCAGAAAAGUUACCCACAAACUCCAUUGACCUUGGUUCGGAAAUCUGGAAAGUUGCGAAAAGCAAUGUAAUUGGGGUAUCCAUAGAGGGUUAUUAUUUUCCAGACGAUGAAUAUGAUAGUCUCCUCAAGGAAGUCACGAUUCAAGAUGCCCUCGGUGGUGGUCACGAGGUUUUGCCUUUGGUCAAGUAUGUUCUUGACCAUACGAAGAAAACAUUUGCCACAUUGCUGCAGGUAUUCACCGACAGUAAAAGUCGACGUGAAGUCAUGGACUCUCUAAUGGCGAGUGAAUUCAAAGAUACCUUGUUAGGAUCCCAUAAGCUUGAUCCGUCCUAUUUUAAACACAAGCUUUGGAACGAGAGCACGAUUGAUACUUUCAAAGAUAAACGGUUGUCAUUUAUCGUUCCCACCUUUGAUAGCGAGACUUUCAUGUAUGAGUUCGAUAAAAAUCAACCACUUCCCUUUACAGCGUCUGGUAGAGCGGAUACUCCACCAAGAAGCGGCCACUUUAGCCAAGUUGAAUGUGUGGAGAUGUCGGCUAGUAAGCAUAAUAUGGCCGACGUAAAAAGCAAGACAUUUAAAGUCGCGUUAAAAAAGCUGAUAAGACUUGGUGAUCCCGGCUAUGGAAUAGAGAAGGAAUGGGAGCGUGAGGCAAGAGCUCAUCAGCAGCUGAAUCAAAAAAGUGAUAAUAUCAUUCAAGCAUUUGCCGCCUUCCAUCAAAUUGCGAUGAACAACAAGUGGAAUGAUGAGUACUAUCUUGUGCUUGAAUGGGCUGAUGGUGGGAGCCUUUUUGACUUUUGGAAGAGCCAUCCUGAACCUCAAGUAGAGCAUCUAGAUCACAGUCAAGUUCGUCGACGGAUCAAAGGAAUGUUGGAGCAGCUGUAUGGACUAGCUCAGGCUCUCGAAGCAAUGCAUUCUACUAGGUCUCAUUCGCCUAGACAUAGCAGGAGCGAUUCGGCAUCAUCCCCGGCACUUCGGCCACAAAUGAGUGCAGACUGGAAAGAGAGUAGCCUAGGUGCCGGUGUAUUACCUGCAGAUAGCUCGUCCUUGCCGACGUUCAAUUUUGAUUCUGCGGAUGAUGAUGAUAGCAAACUAACAGUGCCAAGCAUUGUCGUUUCUUCUGAUCCCGUAAGUCUAAAAGUCACUGAAAGCCCCGACUCGCAAAACUGGCGUCAUGGCGAUAUUAAACCAGAAAACAAACUGCGUUUCAUUGUCGACGAAGACUACGAUAAGUUGGGUGUUCUGAAACUUGCAGAUCUGGGGAGAACACAACAACAUCAAUUUGUGACAAGAAUGAGGCAUACUACGGAAAGAGAACUUUGGAGGACAAGAUGGUACGAGCCUCCAGAUCUAGACGGGAAAAAUCAGGAGAAGGCAGGAGGCAAAAUUUCACGCUUGUACGACAUCUGGAGCAUGGGUGCUGUUAUCUUUGAGGCCGUGUUGUGGUUGCUGUAUGGCUACGAAUCUCAUAAUGACUUCUGGAAGGAGAACGGAUUUCUCACAGGAGAGACACACGUAACACCAUAUUGGAGGAAAGAAGGUGAAGGAAAAUACAGGGUGACUGAUGUGGUUAAUAAAUGGAUGGAUGACAUAUUAGAGCCUAAUUCAGAGCCCAAGGACGCUAUCAGUGGCCUGAUCAAGUUGGUUAGUGAAAGACUGCUCAAGAUUGAUCUGCCUCCAAACUCAGAUCUCUACACCAAAGGCUUCCGCACAAAUGCGAAAGACUUAAGGGAACAGCUUGCUAUCAUUCUUGAACGCGCCAAUGGAGACGAAAGGUAUUUGUUUAGUGGUAAAAAUCGCAGACGCAUGUCUCAACCCGACGUAGCCGAUUCAGCCACAAAAAGCUCAUCACAAUCCACGGGUAAUUCGUCGUCAUCGCCCAAUGAUACAAGGAUAGAUACACUGACCCCUGAAGCCGCACCAGAAUUACCUUUACUGGCCAACGAUCACGAUCCUUCAUCUAAGAAUCUUGAAUCCUUCAUAAAAGUACUUAAGGCAUGGCUCAAGGAGUGUGAUAGCAAUCAUGGAUGUGUUUGUGCUCCUAAGGAUACUCAUUUGGUACCAAAAAGGCUCAUCAAUGUCGAAAUACCGACAAUGCCAAAGAUCGUAACGGCAGAUCUCUACAAGAAUAUUCCUUCUGGUGGCAUCCGUUACCUCGCACUCUCGCACAAAUGGGGUGAUAUGCCUGCUGAAGCUAAGACAACGAUGAAGAAUAUCGAAGAACGCAAGGAUAUGAUUCCAUUGGACGAGUUGCCACUAAGCUUCAAAAAUGCCAUUGUGAUUACGAAAGCGCUCAAGUGCUCUUAUCUCUGGAUCGAUUCUUUGUGCAUUAUACAAGGCCUGGAUGGUGAAUUUAGUCAGGAAGCAGAUAAGAUGCAAACAACCUUUGAUGGUGCGUACUGCGUUCUGGCAGCUUGCAGUGCCCAGAGUGCUAAAGAUGGCUUUUUGCAUAGUCGAGGGUCAAGACCAAAAUACUUAAAAACCAAUAAUGUCUACGUCUCGCCAGUCACCAAUGAUUUUGAAAGUGAUGUCCUCCGCAGCCCCUUGAGCUGCCGUGGAUGGGUAUUGCAGGAACGUGCUUUGGCUCGUCGAACCAUUUAUUUUACAGAUACUCAGACAUAUUGGGAGUGUGCUUUCCUCGGCGACCCAAAUUUUCCUGACUACACGAUUCGACCAACAAGUACUGUUGGGGAGCAAAUCGACCUGUUUAUUAAUUUGUUUCAGACAUACACUAGGCUAGAAUUUUCACACCCGCAAGAUAGACCUGUUGCCAUUAAUGGGCUGAUGGAGCGACUGACCGUCGCUUUCAAAACACGAAGUCUCGCAGGUCUCUUUGAGACAUUUUGGGGUCGCUGCUUGCUUUGGCGACGGGCAGACAAUGUAGAACUACUGAGGAAAAUCCCGCAUGGUACACAUUCACGUCGGGUUCCGCCAACUUGGUCGUGGAUGGCUUUUGACGGUGCGAUCUCGUUCAUUGAGCCUUUGGGCGGUCAGGUUGAUUGGAAUAAUUCUGGAGUGACCCUCCAGUUUGCUAAUCUUAAUUGUGAUCAGACUUCAUGGCUCAAAACAAGUCGUCAUAGUGAUAGUCUGGCUAUCCAGGCUAAAGCAUUUGAUUUUAAUAUACCUGCAGGCGCUGGCGAAAGCGAAGCAUCUAUAUUUUAUGAUGGUGAAAAGAUUACUCCGACGAAAUGCGUCAUCAUUGGUACGGAUAAGCAGAAUUUGAACGAUGCAAGCACGAAAAAGCAUUACGUUUUGAUUGUCAAGCCAGUCUCAAAGGCUUCUAACGGUAUGUCUUACGAACGUGUUGGGGUUGGGUAUAUGUUAGGAAAAUUUAUUCAUCUGGAUAAAUCCUAUGUUACUGUGACGAUCGAGUAG